UUAUAAGCAGGAAAAUCAUAUUACGAUCCUUAAAGCUCUAUUCACGCCAUGCCAUCCAGGUCCCUCACGCAGACAAAAUGCACUGGGAAGAAGGGAUGGAAGGACGCAAGAACCUCCCCAUACUGAGCCAACAGUAUCCAGAACUCAUUCCGUGUCUUUACAUCAGCCUUGAAGUCAACCUGCUCAGCUAUUUCAUUAUUGUGAGUCACAACAAGAGCUGCCCGCCCCCCACUGCUUGUCACAAGCUCACGUUUGGUGUUUCUGACUCAUUGCUGUGAUCUGCAUGAAAAACACGAGCAGUUGAAAAGAAGCGACAUACAAUGCAAGAACAAUACCAACCAAGUGGAAUGGACCUCUUCCCCUUAAGAGAUACAGCGUAGGAGCUUUUUGAAAUGGAUACAUCACAUGUUUCAGUUUUGUCCUCCAGUUUGGCAUGGCCCACAAGCACUUCUACAGGUCUUCCCAGUUCCCAUAACAACAAACAGUCCACCGCAGGCACAACACCUCCAGAAGCUGUAGUUCUGAAAGGUGUCAGUCUGCCUAUAUAUCAAUUUACUCCGCAGGAAGGUCAACAGACACCCUUCCAACUAAUAUCAAAUGGCACAAGCUUUGCCAUUGAUAAUAAUAAUUUAUCUGUGAUGUUCACCCCUCAGUCUCAAACCAUCCUCCAGAAGUCUCCAAUGCAGACUCUCACUCUGAACAUUAUGAACACAUUACCAAUUUUGUACCCAAACUGUUCCACAAGUCUCAAUGGAGCAAGUCCUGGAAAAGCAAAAAAUAUUGGAAAGCACAUAUGUAUCCAUUGUGGUCGAGAUUGCUUAAAGCCAAGUGUAUUGGAGAAGCACAUUCGCUCACAUACUGGGGAGAGACCCUUCCCCUGCACUGUUUGUGGCAUCUCAUUUAAAACCCAGAGCAACCUUUACAAACAUCGAAGGACACAAAGCCACGUCAAUAACACCAAGCAGAGCUUUCAUUCUGAUUGUGAUAGUUGUCAUGAAGACACACCUACUGGACAAGUUGGAGACAACUCUUGCCUCAAUAUUAGAAAUGAAAUAGGAGAUGUUUGUAUAGAUAAAGAACAGCACACCAAGAUAAAAAAUAUAGACAAUGUAAUCUCCGUCCAGAACAAUGUCUCCGGAAACAAAGAGAUUGUAUUUAGGCCAUUAACACUCAAGAUUCAUGAGAAGACACAUGAUGAUCCUGACCAUUCCUCACCAGAUACACUGAAUCAGCAAAUAACACCGAAGGACCAAAUAUCUACCACUACAAGCAGACAUGCUGAACUACAGUGGCAGCAUGAAACAUGUGUAGAUAAGCAAUGGGCUUUCUCCUCUUCUGAUAGGAAACUAAAAAAAUGUGAAAGCACCGACUCUGGGUAUUUGUCCCACUCGGACAGUGCAGAUCUGCAAAUGGUUUCUGGGAGCCCACUUCAGAGCCUUAGUGAGAGCAGCAUUGAAUAUGAACACAUGCUCAGUGUUGGUGCAGGGGACAGUGAGGACAAACCGGCAUCAGUAAAAAAGAACUUGGGAGAACAUAUAUCCAUGCUGAUCUCUCAAAACAAAGCUGUUGUAGAUAACACUCACUUGGACAAUGUUCGCCCCAGAAAAACUGCUCUAUCAAAACAAGGCAGCAUUGACCUGCCAAUGCCUUAUACCUUCAAGGACUCCUUCCACUUUGACAUAAAAUCCUUUGAUGUAAACAGAAGGAAAGUAUCCCUCUCCUCAGCCAAGUCUACCUUCAAUCUACCAGAGAAAAACAAACCUCUAUGUUUUCACUCAGUGCCAACUCAAGCCUCUACAACGUUUGAUAGCGCAAUUUUUGCACGGAGUAACUCUUUGCCAUUUGUGGAAAGUAGUAGAUUACUAGAUAAACUGACUAUACAUAAUACUAAAAAACAUUGCAUGGGGAAACAGCUUUUAAAUGGCAACAAUGCCAAUGUAUUGCUCUCCAAUACAGCCACUGCCUGCAUUGUGGACCUUUCAAGGAGUCAUCCUCGAGGGCUGGUUAGACAAGCUGCUGUAGAUGAGAUGCAGGUUAGCAAUGCCUGUGAGUGCAGUAUUUCUCAGGAAAUUAAGGAAAAGAAAAAGCCUUCAGUGGAUCCGUUCCUCUCAAAAUCUAAAUCGGCCAAUAAAAAGGGUACACAAAAAAAAUUAAACAUGUUCUGUCAUGAAAAGUGGCAGAUGUAUGGUGAUGAAAAUUUCAAGAAAUUUUACCAGAAAAUUAAAAAGAAUGAACAUGCCAGGAAGACUGACCAAGAUAUUCCAGAGUCAAGAGGUGUGGUCAGCCAUCAAAAUGUUUUGCAAGCAGCAUGUGGCAUGGCCAAGCCGUCUGAGAGUAUUGUAACACUGUCUCAGGUUACAUCUCAGGCUACAAGCAUAACAUUACAUACGCCAACUACAAAUGUCCAGAAUGAGUUGGGGUUUACACAGGUAAGUGGUACAAUAUUAAGCUCUGGAAGUCUUAGCGAUACUAGUGGCAAAGUGUCCAAGCUAGAAAAUUUGGCAUCUAUCGAUUCACCUAGUGCACAAAUGGAUCCACAUCUUCAAUCAAGUCCACAGCUCCCUUGUAUUAGAGACUCAGACAGCGGAGUCAUUACAGUAACUGAAAAGCAGAGCAAAAUACCCCAUGUUUCAAAUAUACAUUGCAGCAUGGAAGCUUGUUGUAUUGGCAGCUUCCAGAACUCUGAAAAAUUGUCUUUUGAUAAUACAGCAAAGAUGGCAGAGGUGAAAGAUGAGUCUACAAAACUCAGUACUGAACAUACCAACACUGCUGAACCCAAUCGGGUAAGCAGUCUAUUAAACAUAAACAGUGCUCUGAAAUUAACUGGAAAUGUUGAUACACUACAGAAUAAGAACGUGGAUUACAACAGGGAUAUUGACAACACUGCAAGGAAUAUAUUAGAUGGAGCUAGCACAAUCUCUUGUUCAAGUUCCCUAUUCACCUUUCUUAAUGAGAAUAUCCUCCCGUCUCUUAGCAAUGGCUGUGAAAAGACAACAGCACAUUUCUCAAAACAACUUGCUCUCCUACCUACUCAGUCGUCGUCAUCAUCAUCAUCAUCAUCACAGAAAGGAAAUGUAUAUUGCCCUAGAUAUUUAAUAAAAUGUAAUUAUAUUGUAAAACCCCUGGAAGCAUCUACUGUCAUGCAAACAGAUCAAACUAAUAUUUAUGAUAUGUCCAAUGUAGAUAAUAAUUUAAGUCUUACAGAAGAUAAACACUCAGAUUCUGUGCUUCCCAGUCAAGCAGAAACAUGCCAUGAGAACGGUUUAGCAAAUCAAGUGAAGCUAACACAGAAACAUGGCUCAGAAGCUCUCACUGGGAAUAUAAGUCUAAAUACAGAAUGUGUUCUUACGUGUGCCUCUAAGAUUUCUAUUGAUCUAGGACAAAAGGUUAUUCUAGACACUCAGGAAAGUGGUGAGCAAAAUAUUAAUUUCGAUAAUAUAUAUCCUAAUAGACACAAAAUUCAAGAACAUACAUCUGCCCCGACUAUUUAUUAUAAGGAUUGCUUACUUUCUGAACUUCAUUGUAGGGAUACAAAUCAAGACAAAAAAGAAAGUAAUACCCUAAUACAUAAGUUGCUGUCCCCUGGACAAAAAUCAGAAGGAAAACCGUGUUUGAAACAUGAUACAGCAACCAGUGCGAUCUGUAGUGCUCAGGACUCAAAAAUGCUAUUAACAGAUACAUUUCCAACUGGACUAUUUAGCCUGAACCCUGGUGACCCAAUGAGUUUUCAAGACGAGAAAAGCUUAUGUUCCACAGCACAUCUAUGUCUGCAGUCAGGAAUUUGUAAUAUCAGUGUCACAAAGGUUGCUUUCUCAGCCUUAAACACAGAACCCAAGUCUACUUGGUGCUGGCUGGAUAGAUGUCUUCCCCUUCCAGCAGAGCAAAAGGAGAAGUCCUUUUCGGUUUAUGCCUCUUUGUCGUGUAACGCCAUAAAGAACAAGAGACCUAUUCCAGGUUUAUUUUCUCAGGCUAGAAGUAAUGACAAGGAUUUUCCUGACAGUACUACUGAACAGAACCUGAAGUCAUCCCUUCUUUGGAGCUCAACAGCACAAAAGGCCGGUUUGGAAGAAAUAACUGAAGCAACCAUUGGUAAAUUACAGCCAUUAGCCAAGAGAUCUAGCAAGAUGGGAGCACAAACAAAGUCUAGGCAAGUAAAAAGGAGUAAAGACCGUGCCUGUGGAAGUACACAUAGCAAGGUUUCCCAGCCUAUGACUAAAAGAAGCCUUCGCCAGGACCAGAGACAUAACAAGAUCUGUUGUCCUUCACAUCUUCAGUCAGGGGACAUUUUCCAGUGGACUGACACCUCUAAGUACAAAGAUAAGGGAGACACAAUAACAAUGAAUCCACUUACAGGAGACAACGGAGAAAAGCAGAGGGAAUGCAAAGAUGGGAUGGAGAGUCAAGUGAAUGAGAGUACAAUCUCUAUACCAGCCUCGCCAUUGCUGUCUGAUGACAGUGGUCUGCUGAUUUCCAGCAAAAACAAACACAGCUCACAGCCCACCGAAGGUACUGCCCAUCUAGAACUUCACCUUGCGUCACCCUUAAACUGGCAAAAGUUUGGCUGCAAUUUACUACAGUGUAAUCUGCCGAUAGGUAGUGAAAACACAUUUGAACAGGCAACAUCUGAGGUAAAACGGGUUCACCUACAGCAAGAUCUAAGAGAUAGUCCACCACAGAAGCAUGGAAGAAAGAUACUGCAGAGAUCGAAAACUAUAGGUCACGGUUUAACUGUAGGUCAGAAUCACAGCAUUACAUUGCAUAGCAGCAUAUCCUCCCAACCAUGUGCUGAACCCCUGCUUGGAGCUGCAGUAGGUUCAAGAGAUAAAGCAUGCAUACCAUCUCUACAGAACUCAAUGGAAUUUGCUGGUGGUGUAUGUGGAUAUAUAGAUCGUAAUCUAAGUACAAUCAAUUCUGGGGAACCCUUGGAACCUGGGGCAUUAUCCUUGAACAGUAACCUUCUCUCAGAAGACCAUCAUCUGCAAAGUCUUAAAUCACAGAAGAAGCUUAAUCUAGAGGUAAUGAGGAAGCAAACCCAUGUGGAAUGUAGUGACACCAGCAGUGAUGAUGAGGAUCGAUUGUACAUAGAAAUCUAGAAAUCUAUAUUGAUCUUGAACAGUCCCCUGGUAUAGGAUAGUGACCAUUACAGAGGCAUCACUGAUGGCUAGAACUGAUAUUUAUUGGGGGACUGUAGCUUAACUCACUAUUUUUUGCCCUGACUACUGGCCAGCUUGGACUCUGAGGAACAACAGCCAACAGACUCCAGUUUUUAAGACUCUACUUUUUAAGACAGUAUUUCUGAACUAGUAACACAGUGAUGUUGCUAGUUCCAAGUGAAUUGAUAGGCUUCAUUAUCAAGACUGACAAUUCAUCCCUGAAAAUGGCUGCCUCCACUGUGUAUAGUUGAUCGAUAAAUUUGAAGUCAUAUUUUGAAUUCAGCAGUAUACUACUUAAGUCUCUAAGGCAGAGGUUCUCAAACUCGGUCCUCGGGGGCCCACACAGUGCAUGUUUUGCAGGUUUCCUCACAGAAUCGCAAGUGAAAUAAUUAGCUCCACCUGUGGACCUUUUAAAAUGUGUCAGUGAGUAAUU